AUUUGUUAAACAAGAGAUAGUAUUUUGCGUUACAAUGGUUGUUGGAAAACAGAAAAAGUCCACAGAAAAUAUCAAUGCUCGUCUCGCUAUGGUCACCAAAUCUGGCAAGUAUUGUUUGGGCUACAAGCAAACAUUGAAGACUCUUCGUUCUGGAAAGGCUAAACUUGUUAUUAUUUCGAAUAAUACUCCAAGCCUUAGACGCAGUGAGAUUGAGUACUAUUCUAUGUUGGCGAGAACUGGUGUUCACGAGUAUCAUGGCAACAACAUUGAGUUGGGAACCGCUUGUGGAAAAUUGUUCCGCGUUUCAAUGCUUUCCAUUACCGAUCCGGGAGAUUCUGACAUUAUUCGAAGCAUGCCGACUGAAGCUUAA